UGUUUUUUUCCAAAAAAAUUCUCUAUCUGUUAAUAUUUAUAAACAAGUCAAAUAAGUGGUACAUAGAGUAGUCAAUUCCAGAUGAAAAUACAAAAUAACGAAAAAUUAGGUUUACUAACAUACUUAUACGAAAAUGUAUGUUAACCACCAAUCCAAUAAGCGUAUUGUUAGUUAUUUUCAUUUAAAUGUUCAUGAUUUUUGGGGCCAAUGUGGGAAACGUCGGAACCAAAAGAAAACAAUCACAAUAUCGGCACUAAUGUAAUAGUUAUAUUUAAUUUUAUUGUAAAUAUAUCAAAAAAAAAAAACAUUCGAAUAAACCUGUUCUGAGUUAACAAUUAGUUUUCAACACGUCAUCUUUACAUUAGCGCACCCUAAUGGCACUACUGAAAUGCAUAUUAUUGAAUAAAAUUAUGUGGCAUUGAUGUUUUGAGUCCGCCGGCACGUGUUUGUUUGAUGUUGACAAUCACUCCAUUGAUGAAUAAUAAAAGUACAAUUCGAUUAAUUGUUUUAUAAAAAUAUGUCCAAACGACAAAAAAUAGAGGAAGCAGCGGAAGUGGACGAUGGACGUACAGUUCAAGCACGACUCGUAUCAGACACUGGCGAGGAGGCAGGUCCUCCAAUUGAUUUACCUCUUACAGUCACCGUAGAGCAGCUGGGUCUUAUUUGUAAUGCGUUAUUAAAAAAUGAUGAACCGACACCAUACCUUUUCUUUGUGGGAGAAGAAGAGAUUAAAAAAACUCUUAACAGCGCAUUGGAUUUAAAUUCAAUAGACACUGAAAAUGUAAUCAAAAUUGUGUAUCAACCGCAAGCUGUGUUUAAAGUUCGUCCAGUAACACGAUGUACAAGCUCAAUGCCAGGUCACGCAGAAGCUGUAAUUUCAAUUAGUUUUAGCCCAGACGGCGAACAUUUGGCCAGUGGAUCAGGUGACACAACAGUGAGAUUAUGGGAUUUGACAACCGAAACACCACAUCAUACAUGCUCGAUACACAAACAAUGGGUUAUGUGUGUUGCUUGGUCGCCUGAUGGAAAGAAGUUAGCAAGCGCUUGUAAAGCAGGAAAUAUUAUAUUAUGGGACCCAACGAAUGGCAAACAAAUCGGUCGAACAUUAGUCGGUCAUAAGAAAUGGAUAAACUGUUUGAGCUGGGAACCAUAUCAUCAGAAUCCCGAUUGUCGUCGAUUAGCCAGUGCCGGUACGGAUGGAGAUUGCCGUAUUUGGGACACCGUGUUGGGACAUUGCAUUCUAAAUAUAUCAGGACACUCUAGUUCAGUAACCGCUGUACGAUGGGGUGGAUCUGGGCUUAUUUACACUUCGUCUAAGGAUCGUACAGUAAAGAUGUGGCGGGCAGAUGAUGGAAUACUAUGCCGAACAUUUUCUGGACAUGCUCAUUGGGUAAAUAAUAUUGCGCUGAAUACGGAUUACGUUUUACGAACGGGACCGUUCCAUCCGAUAACUGAUCGUAAAAAGAAAUAUUCAGAAAUUGAGAAGAAUGAAUUGAAAGAAAUGGCUUUACAAAGAUACAAUCAAGUGUGCCCCGAUGGUGUUGAAUCAUUAGUAUCGUGUUCCGAUGACUUCACGCUUUAUCUUUGGCGUUCAAAGCAAAAUAAAUGUGUAGAACGAAUGACGGGUCACCAAAAUGUGGUCAAUGAUGUUAAAUACUCACCUGAUGUGAAGCUCAUUGCAUCCGCCUCUUUCGACAAGUCUAUUCGCCUUUGGCGCGCUCAAGAUGGCAAAUUUAUAACUACAUUCAGAGGGCAUGUUCAGGCUGCUUAUACACUGGCAUGGUCAGCAGACUCGCGUUUGCUGGUGAGUGGUAGUAAAGAUUCAACUCUGAAAGUAUGGAGCGUUCAAACGAAAAAGUUGGCACAAGAAUUGCCGGGUCAUGCAGAUGAGGUUUUCGCUGUGGAUUGGGCUCCGGACGGGACACGAGUGGCAUCUGGUGGCAAGGAUAAGGUGGUGAAAUUAUGGGCUUAUUAGUAUACAUCCAGAUGAGGUAUAUAACGUGUAUAAAUUGUCUUAAUAGGAGUGUUCGUAUCGUAGCAGUUUCUAUAAAAAA